CACAAAGUCGCACAAAGUGUCGUCGGGUUGAGAAAUGGUUCUAAUUUAGUUACAAGCAGCUAUUUACAUGGCAUUUAGCAGCCUCAAAUCCACGUAAAAAUGGUGCAAUAUAAUUUGAUCGUUCUAUUCGCGGCAUUCUGCGGUGCUUACGGUGCAGGAUACGACUUUCAUGACUUCGUUAGCACCGGCAUCUGUCCAACGCGAAAGAACGUGCUGUUGGAGGCGUUUUCGUUCCAGCCGAAGGAAAUCCGAAUUCUAUCCGACCCGCAAAGGGGCAUCAUAUACAACCAAAGCUGGAACUCAUCUUCCUUCAAGCGCUACGAUGAGUGUAAAUUUACGCUGCAGACACCCCCCGGAGCAGGACUGUAUCUGAUCGUUCGAAAGCUGAUUUUUCGCCGUGAUUCGAAGGGGAACUGCAUCGACACGAUCACGGUGAAGCAGAGCAACAAAAAGAAAACGACCUUCUGCUACACGCCAGCGGAUGUGCCAAGAAGUUUCUCCGAUAAUUCGCACCUGAAGAUCACCAUCAAGUUGGACAAUUUCGUACCAAUGCCGACGGUGGAAGGUAUGCUGCAUGUUCAGCUGAUAGCGACACCAAAAGUGACCUGCCUGCCCGUGGCUAACAUAUUGAGAUGCGAGCCGUUUGACUCAGAGUCGUGCAUCGACGUAUCGUUCAGUCGGGACGGAACGAUCAAUUGUCCCAGCUGUGUCGACGAGGGUGCCUGCUCGACGGACUUGGAGACGGUAUACGUGGCGGACAAGCAAAGCAUUGCUGUGACGGCAUUCGUAUCGCUCGUGAUCACGAUGGGGGUGUGCUGCUGCUGUAUCUAUUGCCUGUACAAAAACAGACGGUGUAUCACAACGUGCAGCAACCAUGGGGGAGGAGCUGCAACGGACAAUGACGUGACACACAUUCGCUUCAGAGGUCGGAGAACGGCUCAGUCCUCCGGUAUCCUUUCGGUUGAACUACCUGGCGCUUCGCACGACUUUCGACCGUCUGCUCCCAAGCUGGACGAAAAGGACCUUCCGCCAAGCUACGAAGCACUCUUUCCUACUGCCGCUGAUGCCUCUACCGCAUCCGGGCCCACAACGGUAUCCACGGCCACAUCGCCAACAAUUCCGUCAACCGAGGUGGGCCGGGAACUGGAUUCGACGAAAUAACGUUCUACCGCGAUCGGACUAGCAAUCGCAUUUCGUUACUCUGUUGAUGUACAUAAGCUUUAACGUAUGUUCAGGUAGGAUAACUUUAUCGGUAAGAAAAGGUCGAGUAAAUUAACGAAAGAGUAAGGACAACGACGUCUUCAACGACGAUAGAAAGGGCAGGAGUGUUCUACGCUCUGCCAGUAUUAAACCAAAAUACGCGCAAAUGUUAGGUUCGAUUGUUUUUUUUCGUAGAUUCGGUAUUAUAUUCAAAUCUCACGCUGCGUGCAUUUACUGAACAGCAUUACUUAAUGUUACAUCCUAGCGAUGGUUCUGAUUGAAAUCUCGAACGUACGUAAAUGCAACAAAGAUGGUGCCUCGAAUGGUGUGCCAACGCUAAUAACUAAGAGGAGAGAUCGAACUGCAUUACUUAAAAAUGAACUAUGGAACUAUUUAUUUUUGACUAAAUGCAGCCGCCCGUACUGGUCUACAACUUGGGCCACAUUCGGGAUUCUUCUUCUACCAACUCAUAAUAGUCUUAACGAACGAUUUAGAGCGAUGCCUAGAAAUGAGAGAAAUAAAGUAUAUAGUUAAGCGUUCCCGUGCAAACGA